AUGACUACACCUCAGGUGUCAAGUCCAAUUCAUACUUCAACAUCAUCAUCAUCAUCGUCAACAACAUCAUCAAAUGUACCAUCAUCUCCAAGAGGUCCACCGCCACCAAAUGUUACCAACUCACCACUGAUCAGUAGUGGUGGCGCAUCAUCAGCCAGGAAACAGAUGGAGUAUAAAAAGUCAAUGGACGAACAGUUGCGUGAAGUGGAGGUGCGCGAGGCCAGGCUGAGAGAGGAGCGCGAGACACUUCAGCGCGAGAGGGACAGAUUCGAGGAGGAGCGCAAGAUCAUCUUUGACUCGCUGGCCAAGUGCGUGCGCAGCACCGGAUCGUCCAACAUCAACAAGAAUGUGGCCAAGGCAAAUGAAAAAGGCAGAGAAGAUACAGAAGGAUAA